AUGGCUGAAGAAAUUAAGGAUAAGCAAGAAUUUCAAAUAGGUGCAGAAGAGCCUGACUCUUCCAACGUUGCUUCACAAGCUAAAAGAAGUGCUGAAAGUGAGCUUGCUUCUACCGCUGAUGCCAACGAUAAGAAAUCUAAAAAGAAGAGAAGAAGAAGAAACUAUGAUGAUUUGGAUGAAAAAAUUGCUCAAGAAGACAAGGCAUCUGCUACUUCUGGUGCUAACAAGGAAGAAGAUAGUGAAAGUGAAGUCGAUGACGAAAAAUUAGAUCAAAUGAUGGUAAAAGAAGAUGAAGAAGAAGACGACCUUUCAGAAAUCGAUAGUUCCAAUAUUAUAACUACUGGUAGGAGAACUCGUGGUAAGAUUAUUGAUUAUAAAAAGACUGCCGAGAAAUUGGAAAAAAAUGGUGAGGUUGGCAAGGAUGAUGAUGAUGAUGAAGACGAUGAAGAAAAUGACGAAGAGUUCAAGGAUCCAGCUGCUCCUGCCCCUGCCCCUGCUAGUCCGACUGAACCCAAAUAG